AUGGCAUCCCCCACUGCCUCCAUCUCCAGGGAGAGUUUCACCUGUCCACCUACUACAGCAGCUGCAUUUAGUUACUGCACAUUUGUAGACAUAUUUGAGAAACAUGGAUUUAUAGGAUUUAUAGCUACCUACUGUGCCAUCCACUUUCAAGAUUUAGGAGUUAAGGGAAAUACCAAAGUCAUUUUAGAUAUGUUGAUUGCAAUAAUUACAUUGAGCUCUUUACUGAAAGUGUGCAAUCUUAAAGAGAAUAUCUAUUUGGAGGACACAGAUCAUAAUUACUAUAUAUCUCGGAUAUAUGGUCCCUCUGAUUCAGCCAGCCGGAGUUUGUGGGUGAAUAUAGACCAGAUGGAAAAGGACAAAGUGAAGAUCCAUGGAAUUUUGUCCAAUACUCACCGGCAAGCUGCAAGAGUGAAUCUGUCCUUCGAUUUCCCAUUUUAUGGCCAUUUCCUACGUGAAAUCACUGUGGCAACUGGGGGUUUCAUAUACACUGGAGAAGUUGUACAUCGAAUGCUAACAGCCACACAGUACAUAGCACCUUUAAUGGCAAAUUUUGAUCCCAGUGUAUCCAGAAAUUCAACAGUCAGAUAUUUUGAUAAUGGCACCGCACUUGUUGUCCAGUGGGACCACGUCCAUCUCCAGGAUAAUUACAACCUGGGAAGCUUCACAUUCCAGGCAACCCUCCUCAUGGAUGGACGCAUCAUCUUUGGAUACAAAGAAAUUCCUGUCUUGGUCACACAGAUAAGUUCGACCAAUCACCCAGUGAAAGUGGGGCUGUCUGAUGCAUUUGUCGUUGUCCACAGGAUCCAACAAAUUCCCAAUGUCCGGAGAAGAACAAUUUAUGAAUACCACCGAGUAGAGUUACAGAUGUCAAAAAUUACCAAUAUUUCAGCUGUGGAGAUGACCCCAUUGCCUACAUGUCUCCAGUUUAAUGGUUGUGGCCCUUGUGUAUCCUCUCAGAUUGGCUUCAACUGCAGUUGGUGUAGUAAACUUCAAAGAUGUUCCAGUGGAUUUGACCGUCAUCGGCAGGACUGGGUGGACAGUGGAUGCCCUGAAGAGUCAAAAGAGAAGAUGUGUGAGAACACAGAGCCAAUGGAAAGUUCUUCUCAAACCACCACAACUAUACAAGCAACAACCACAAAAUUCAGGGUCCUAACGACCACUAGAAGAGCAGCGACAUCCCAGCUGCCUACCAGCCUGCCCACAGAAGAUGAUACCAAGAUAGCACUUCAUCUAAAAGAUAAUGGAGCUUCUACGGAUGACAGUGCAGCUGAGAAGAAAGGGGGAACCCUUCAUGCUGGCCUCAUUGUUGGAAUUCUCAUCCUGGUCCUCAUUAUAGUAGCCGCCAUUCUUGUGACAGUCUAUAUGUAUCACCAUCCAACGUCAGCAGCCAGCAUUUUCUUUAUUGAGAGACGCCCAAGCAGAUGGCCCGCGAUGAAGUUUCGAAGAGGUUCUGGUCAUCCUGCAUAUGCUGAAGUUGAACCAGUUGGAGAGAAAGAAGGUUUCAUUGUAUCAGAGCAGUGCUAAAAUUUCUAGGACAGAACGGCACCAGUGCUGGCUUACAGGUGUUAAGACUAAAAAUUUGCCUAUACCUUUAAGACACACACAAAACACACACACACACACACACACACACAGGAGCCCUAAGCUGCUGUAGCCUAAAGGAGAAGAGAUUUCUGGACAAGCCCAGCCCAGGAAGGGUUUAAAAAAAAAUCUAAAAUUUAUACAAGGUACCAGUGACCAUAGAACAUAGAAUUUCCCAGUGGUAUGAUACAGUUCACUCAGAACAUCUCCUGUGGACUUGUCAGAAGUGUUGACAAGAUUACCGUGCUAUUGACUUAGAUGCAGGGUUGCAAAGGGAUCGAGAAAAACAAUAAUAAUAAAGCUUUAGUUCAUGAGGGGGUCUACACCUCCACUUCAAAUAUUCUUCUCUAAUGUCUCAAAGAUAACGGUAUUCCAAAGCCUGAACCCUUUCUCUCCAAAGCGCAAUGGUGAAUGUUUCAAGAAUGCUAAGGAAAAUCGCUCCUGCAGGAGCAAACAAAACAAAACAAACAAACAAACAAACAAACAAACAUAAAAUGAGAGAUUUUCUAUCUUUCCACCAGACGUGUGGCAAAAGGAUUUUGUUUUUCUGGUCUCGAUCCAAUGGUGCCAACGAGUUCAUUACUUUACAGAAUGAAUCUUUCAUCCGCGCAGGAGGUUCAGACUGCCUCCCUCUUCCUCGUUAAUGAAUGUCCUUUCUAUGGGCUGUGACAGAAUUGCCAAACUCUUAGCUGAGGAUUAGGAAAGAGGGAGUGGCACAUGAGGUUUUCAGUUCUCCUGCCUCCGAAUAAAACACUUCAUUAUUUUUAAAGAAAUGUUGCCCCCAUUUUCCCAGCUAUGAAAUCCUAUGAAGCCAUAGUUGCUCUUGGCUGAAGGAAACAAGAGGAAACAAUACAAAGAGCUCCUUAAUUGUUUUUCAAGCAAAAAUGUUAAGGGAUUCUAAACAUAUGGGGGAUUUUUGGCUUUCCCCCCCCCCCUUUUUACUUUGUGCCGGUUCAGUGCAAAAGGCCCAUUUCAUUGUCGAUUCCUGCCUGAGAAAGCCAUUCAAGUCAGCAUACCCCUGGUGAUAAAAAGAAUGAAAGAACCCUGCUGAAUCAUACAGUAAUUUUCUUUAAAGCACAUAGUAGUUACAUAAAUAUAUAUAUAAAUAUAUUUUUGUUUAUAACUAACACAAGGCAGGCUCUUGUGACUCAAAGAGUGCAUUUUGUCAUCAAGACAAAACAAAUGCAAGAUGCAUUACUGCAUACUUCCAUAGAGUUGUAAAAUAAUCCUUAAUAUUAGAAUAUUUUUAUGUCACUCAGCAAAAGUGGUUCAAUUAGUCGCAGUGCCGAUCAUUUCCCCGCCUAUUUGAGCCACGCUUUCAUUCAUAUCAACCCCUUCCCUCCCUGGCUGAAUAAAGCAGAAUGCUCCUUAGAUUGAUCUUCCAUCUGCCCCUGUAAUCACAAUCCAGAUUUUGAAACUUCUCCACGUAUGAGAAACGGCAAGGCAUCGCUUGAGGAGGAAAGCGGUUAAUAUGUAUACUGAGCUCCCAAAGGUUAACUUCAAGUACUGUGUGUACAAUUUCAUUAGCAUCUCGACCCAUGAGGCUGACAUCCUGUGCCAAGAAGCUGUAGGCGCUUAUAGGGUACAGCAUCCCCACGUUUGCAGAUUCAGGUAUCAAGAAGCAGAGAUGUAUUUGUAAGUAGCACUUUACUAACGCUUAGCAUCUGUACCCAGUGUCUACCUUGAACGACAUCAGCCUACUAACAGAGUAACGUAGUUUAUCUUCACAGUUUUCUGACAUAAGCUAGUGCCAUCUUCCAUCACUUAUAUUUUGCUUUACGUUUUUAAAUACCCAAUGGGGUUGGUAAUUUUUUCCUAACCUACUUAGUUAAUCAUUGCAAAAAAAAAAAAAAAAAAAAAAAAACCACAAA